AAUAAGGAGAAAGAAGUGUCUGGGAAGGGGAGUCCCAGAGCGGUGACGGUGUCGGUUCUCUGACGCUCCCCUUUUUGUUCAAUCUUUCUUCCUUCUUUCCUUGAAUGCCUUCUUCACUUGUUGUAUUCAGGAAAAUUUCGGCGAACGAAAUUAGACUUGAUUACAUAUUUUGAACAAUAUUUCGUAUAUUCAUCUAACUUAUAAAAAUAACAAAAAAAAUUGAAGGGCUAAUGGAUUCAAAGAGCAUCAUAUCUUAUCGCCGUGUGUCAAUCUGGUUUGCUUGGUGUUCUAGUGGUGAUUUGUCUUUAUAAAUGAUUGACGAAUUCAUAGAAGAGUUGCCACCAUUAAUCUGAACCAAUAAAAAGGUUUAGCAUGAACUGUAUGGCCGCGGCUCUUGAUCCACUAACUGACGGCCGGCUCCCGCAAUUUAGUCGACCUUCAAAAAGAUGCAGACUCCAAUCUUUAACCAACCUCGACUUUAACUUUCUUGAUUUCAACACUGAUCAAACCAAUCUCGCUGCUUCACACUCCUUGAACAGCCGAAGCAUUUCUACUCCAUGCUUCUCCAUAUCCGGUAAUAUUACAGAUGGCCCUGCUGCUGCUCCAUGCAUUGAGAUUCUCGGUGGUCGAAGAGUCCCCACUAUACGCGCCCUUGUAGCUGAAGUAACCAUAUCUAUUGUUUCUGGAGCUCAGCCUUUGCUUUUACCAAGUGGUUUGGGAGGUGCUUAUCUCUUGCAAACCGAAAAAGGUCACAGCAUUGCAGUUGCAAAGCCAAUUGAUGAAGAGCCUUUAGCUUUCAACAAUCCUAAAGGAUCUGGCGGUUUGAUGCUUGGACAACCAGGUGUGAAACGGUCAAUCCGUGUUGGUGAAACAGGUAUCCGGGAACUGGCUGCUUACCUUAUAGACCAUCAAGGCUUUUCCGGGGUUCCACCUACUGCAUUGGUCAGAAUCGCGCAUGUACCGUUCCAUGUCAGUGAUAAUGAUCACGCCGCCUAUAAAGUUGCCUCUUUGCAAAGAUUUGUGGGUCAUGAUUUCGAUGCAGGAGAGCUUGGACCAGGAAGCUUUACGGUUUCAUCAGUCCAUAGGAUUGGCAUACUUGACGUGAGAGUCAUGAACCUUGACAGACACGGUGGAAACAUGUUAGUGAAGAAGGUACCUGACCAAGAUGAGAGUACUUGUUGUAACAGAGUUGGAGCGGCAGAGCUCGUGCCUAUAGAUCAUGGUCUUUGCUUACCUGAAUGCCUCGAAGAUCCUUAUUUCGAAUGGCUUAACUGGCCUCAAGCUUCGGUUCCAUUCACCGACACUGAGCUUCAGUAUAUAUCCAAUUUAGACCCUUUCAAAGAUGCAGAGCUUUUGAGAACCGAACUAGGCUCUAUGCAGGAAUCUUCCUUGCGGGUUCUUAUCGUCUGCACGAUAUUCUUGAAACAAGCUGCAGCUGCAGGGCUUUGUCUUGGAGAGAUAGGCGAGAAGAUGACUCGGGACAUCUGCAGAGGGGAAGAGAGUUCUAGUGUGUUGGAGAAUAUUUGCAACAAAGCAAAAGAAAGCAUGGUUGGUGGAACUGACGAUGAUGAUUAUAGUAGUGAAUGCAAUGAAGUAGAAGCAGAGCUUGAGUGUGGAAUCUUUCAGUUUGACGAUGAUAUUGAAUGCGAAGAGGUUCCAGAUACGUUACAUGUGCCUUUAUUUACAAGAGUUCCAUCCAUUGCUGCAAAUCUAUCUGCUCUCAUGCGAUGUCCACCAAACCAGUGGAUUACUACAUAUGACAAUAACAGAGAAGAGGACAUGAGAGAUAGGAGUAUCGUGAGAAGCAAGAGUCACCCGAUCUGUGUGAAUCAUGACGAGAAAGAAGGUGUUUAUUUUGGAGAUAUGAGUGCAGAUGAAUGGGAGAUGUUCUUGCAUAGCUUCCAGAUGCUUUUGCCUGAAGCACUUGAAGGCUCAACAAGCAAAGGACCAAAGCCAAGAUUUGGAUCUUCCUGCAAAUUCUGAAGAAACAACAUAUUUUUAUAAGAAAAUAAAAAAAGAGAGAGAUGAAUUUUCACAAGGUUAUGAUACAUAGAAAGCAAAUGGAAAAUGAGACGAGCAGGCUAAGGCCGUCCAAUCCAAAAUUACUUGUUUAGCAGCUGCUUCUUUUUUAAUUUCUUUAUUUGUAUCACUUCAUUCCUAAAAACACUAUAAGUAGCAUAUAUUAUCUACAAGAGAAUGAUUAAUGUAACUGAGGUACUGAUCUCUAGUGAUUUAUGUAAGUUCUUGUUGAAAGCUAGUAAAUUACAUG